UUGCAACACUUCAUGUCCCUUGGUCUUGUCGCAAAGCUUGCACAUACCGAAGUCAGUUUACGUUAGUCUGGUUGUUGUUGCUACCUCUGCUCCGACCGAAGGGCUGUCGUUAUGAUAUCACAACAUAUUAGAUGCAUGAAGUGAAAGCUUGAGGUUGCCUUUGACCAUGGACCCAGUGGUGCUGAGCUACCAGGACAGUCUUCUCAGACGCUCUGAUGUGGCCUUGCUGGAGGGUCCGCAUUGGCUCAAUGAUCAGGUGAUUGGGUUUGUCUUUGAGUACUUUGCCACGGAGCGCUUCAAAGAUCUCAGCAGGUCUGUGUGCUUCAUCAGCCCUGAGGUUACGCAAUUCAUCAAAUGUGGAUCUUGCCAAGAGGAGCUGGCCCUUUUCCUGGAGCCACUGCAGCUCGCAACACGUCGCUGGGUGUUCCUGGCUGUCAACGACAACUCCAAUCAGACAGCUGGCGGGUCACACUGGAGCCUUCUACUGUAUCACCGUGACAAUGGCCUCUUCUCCCACUAUGACUCACAGAGUGGGGGCAACUCACUUCAUGCACGCCGAAUUGCCUCCAAACUGGAAGUUUUUCUGGGGGCCAAAGGCAAAAAAGUGUCCUUUACAGAGGAGGCUUCUCCUAGACAGCAGAAUAGCUAUGACUGUGGUAUGUAUGUAAUUUGCAACACAGAGGCUCUCUGUGAUAGUGCAGAGUAUGGAGGGAACCCACGCCUCCAGAGCCACACCAUCACACCAGACUACAUUACCAGGAAGAGGGCAGAGUGGUGUGGACUGAUCCAGAGACUUGCCAAAAAUUGAUGUGCCCGCACUGGAGUUAGGUGAUUGCCCAGCUCUAGUUCCUCUCUUAAACUGCUUUGUGUUGCAAGGUCACUUUUGGUCAGCCCAGAAACAGCCUUCGGGAGGUGCCCUCCUAAGGAAAGGGGGAGCCCGACCUGUAGGAGUAAUUUGAAGCUGGGCCUGCAUUAACCCUGAUCUCACUAGUCUUAACAGUCAGCAUGCGCUUUCAUCAUCUGGAGUUUUAGGGACUCCUAUGGGUGGUAUCAACUGCCAAAUCAAAUGAGCAGAUCUAGUAAUAGAAUUACAAACAGCUAGCCAAGAGUACAAUUUCAUUUUCAGUGUGAGUGCAUUUUGAGAUAUUUACUUUCAUCAUCAAAGGGAUUUAAAUAAAAAAAUCCAAACCGCAUGAAUUAUAUGAAUGAAGCCUGAUAUAUAGUUAUUGGGUUCAUAUGGACAUGUUUGUUGACCCAGACUAAAUCGCAUCUUUGACUGAUUAGAUAUCAAAGGCCUCCCUGAGACAGUGAAUGUAUCGUGGAAGAUGCAAAGGGUUUAAAGUAAUUAUGCAGUGACUCUCCAUUUAUGGUUCUCCUGUCUUUACCGAAUGUGAUGCUUGUUUACAACUUUGUUUUACCCUCAGGGUUGUGUAAAAUGGAUUGAAAAAGAAUGUGUUAUAUAUCCAAAAAAUAAACAUGCACUGAAAUGAUAA